AGCGAGGUUGGUUCUUAACUCUAUGGAUAAAUAUCCUUAUUCGGAUAUGCGAAUAUUGAGGCAGGUCCUAGAGUGCCACAUGCCGAAGAUAUAGAUAACUUUCAAAUCUGCGUCCGGCUGGUGUGUCGCAGGAACUUCAAUAUGCGCGCUUCGUCCCUCAUAGGUUUCUUGCAAGUGCCACGCUGGCAAUGCGCACGACAGGAAAUAAGCGUCCGAUUUGGACGGAAUUAUCGUAUCCUGAUGUUGACUUUACGCAGCGUAUGUUCCGGGUGGUUAUGUAGAGGGCGUUUUCUUCCUGGGCAAACCGAAUCUGUGGUAACUACGAGCUAGAAGGUAACUUAACUAUUUGACAGCGCACUAACCUUCAUCUCAUGCCCCAAAGUCUGGGCAGGUUAUUCAUUCCCCAGUCCGCUGAUUUUUCUUCCUGGAUGGGAUGGGACGUCCUCAUAUUUUCCAACGUCAUUUUCGAGAAGAAUCCUGACGCCUUGACAAGGCUCCUCAUCCACUAGGAUUUUCGUGGAGAUUGCCAUGAUUUUCCCCGUUUUCUCGGCCAGCGCUUGAACCUUGUUUAGGGCAAGGUCUUACCAAGCCAAAGCCGGCCAGGAUUAAGAGGGUCCUUGGAUCAAAAUGAAAUGCUCUGGCAUUGACACGUAACUUGCGACGGCUCUAGUUCGCUUUGGCGUGCAUGCUACCUGCAGGACCAGCUCAACAGUCGUGCCAGAGUUGUUCCUUCGCCGGCAUAUCAGAUGCGGCGAGGCUGUACGCUGUACGCAGUACGGCUUGUCCGUUGUGUCGCAGUUUGCAUACUACUGCGUAAAUUGCCACUGCUGUCAACUUGUUCGUUGCCAUCGUUCUUCGGGGAGAUCCUUCGCCCAGCGGGCGCACGAUUCAAAAAAAAAAAAAAAAAAAAAAAAAAAAAAGGUUGUGCCCAUAACUCCGCACCGCAUCGUUAAUUUUUAACGAGGAAAGCUUGGAUGGAGGCACGAGAGCGGAGAGGAAUGCAAUUAGAGAAACAAAAUAAAAACAAAAAAAAUAAAAAUACCAGACAGUGCGAGCAGACUGCUUCGGCGGUGGUUGAUAACAAAAAGCUCCUCUCUUCCCUUUAACUAAAUAUCCUUUAUCGUUGUAGCUCGCCGCUAGAUCGGGGCUAGUGCCGUCGUCGCCUUGCUGCUGCUUCGACCUCAUCAUCCGCCUUUCUGCGGCGUCGACACUGACGACGACGACGACGACGACCAACGACACCAGACUGACCGAUUGACGGACACUCGCUCAGCGGCCAUUGGGGGCUGUCUUCGUGCCCAUUUUUCUCCUCCUGUUUUGUCUUUUUCAAUCGCCAUGUUUUCUUGUUUCAUCUUGUUCUGAUCCGCUAGUUUUUGUAAGUCCUUUCAACCCCUCAUUUAUAUCACUGGCAUUCUGCGUUGGCAACAACAUCCUGUCUAUCUACGCCCUCUUGCGCCCAAUUGCAAAACAAUGAAUCACGAAUUUUUUCUGCUGUACAAGUCACGACCCCCUGUUUUGCAUUGCCGCCCCCUACGGGCAACUUUUUGGCCAUCAAUCGUACUAGUGGUUGAGCUUCUGAACCCUUCUGACGAAUCGGCGGUUUGUAGCCAGUUUGCAGAACGAACUACAUCGAAGAGAGCUCCAGCCGUCCCUUUUCUUUUUUCUUUCUUUUUUUUUUUUUUUGUUCCGGCUUCUGCACUCGGAUUUCUCCUUCCCUUGUACUGUAAACAAGCCAACCAACCUCACACGAUCCUUUCAUAUACCUCACGGCCGACACAGAUAUUUUAACACGUCUUGAUAUCAGCUGUACCAUAAAUACGUUUUUAUAUAAAAAACACACAUUCCUUCUGGCCACCAGUCCCAACGGCAGUUUCAAAAGUCAACGAAAUUUACGGUUUCCUACGAUCAACUUUUAACGACAUUCACUCAUUCUGUCAAGACCUUCAGAUUACGCAUUGUACGACUAAUAUUUUUAGCCAUCUACCUGUUCCUGCGGCCCUUUCCGAUCAAAAUAAAGGGAAAAACACUUAUUAGAGCCGAACUCUCGUCCUCAAUUUGGGUUGUUAGAUGAUCACAACGGACCUUUCAAUCCUAAGCGCUCUCUCCUUUCAACAUUUCUUGGAACCAACAAAACAAUAUUUUGGGGUAUUGAGACAUUACCUAGGUAUAUUCAAACUUAAGCACUGGUGUUGAACCAAUAACCGCAGAGUCAGGUAAGCGCGCCCGCUUUAUUUUGUGCACGUCGUGUUUCAAACAUCUCCCCCGUUUGCCGCCGAGCUAUUUUAAGGUCAAGGUCUCCAACUUACCUUUACCAUAAUGGUUUAUUAAAAUUUUCUCUAAUUGGGUCUGCAAUGUUUCAUUGUGCUACUUAAUACUGCUGAUUGCCUUUUUGUUUGACCUGUUUUUGAAUUCUUUUUCCAGCAUCGUCGUUUCCCUUUCCCCGUCGUUCCUAGCAUGAAUCAAGGAAUCAUGAACCAUAUCCCAAUUGAAAAUGGGUUAGAUUUACCUGAAGACUCCGAAAUUACAGAAGAACUGAUCGCCCUUUCACAUCAGUGGGAUCACUCAGACAAUACUCCUCGUUUCGCUAUAUGGAUGGCCUCCUCUGAAGUUGACCAAAAGUUUUUGGGCUUCUUCGCGGCCAGCACCGCCCGUGAAAAUGCCUACCUUUCUGGAAUGCUAUACAAGCUCCUUGGCCUUUCCGUAGUCCUUUCCAAAAAGCUCCUUCGCGCUCGCAAGCUCCGACGACUUGACCCUACAAGAGAAACCAAAUCGUUACAACUCUACCACCACAUACUGUGGUUAUCACGCGAGGGAUUAGUGAUCACAGAGCAAUAUGUUCUCCCCAUGGCCGAGGCAUAUGUCGAGCUAAAAGUACUAGCCCACAAACUCAGAGCAUCUUUUUACCACAUUUUCGUCCUUUUCCAUAAUCAGCCAAGCAUCCAUCUAUCGGGUAUUCGAAGUCUCCCUCCUUCUGGCUCGCAACUGCAUCUCCCAAAUGGAGGCUCUGGUAUGGAGAAUGGUAAUGGGGUUAAAAGAGGUUCAAAACUAUCCCCAAACGCGAAUCGAGAUUCCAUCGCCGCCUCCCCACCCCCCAUCAUACCGGAAGGAGGCCCCGUUGGGGGUACACACCUGCAUCCACCAGGCCUGCCAGCCGUUAGACCGACGAAGAUUGCAGCUUCCUUCAUCCUCCCGGCUCUGGAUUAUACCCCAAUGGCCACGGCGUGCUUCAGUGACGUAGCACAACUUGCAGACAACCUCCUCCCAGGCUCUCACCCAGUUAGACUUUCAGUCAAGCUUGAAUAUGCAGCAUAUCUAUAUGACUGCCUUCACGACUCUGACGGAUGUAGACGCCUAGCUAAACAAGCAAUUGCGGACGUUUACAAUGCGCAGGAAGGCAUGGAUGAUGAGAGCUUUGAAGACGCCGCCGAGCUGGUGGGAAUCUUAGGCAAAAUGGUCAAACGAGGAGGUAAAACUAGUAGUGCAGGAGGCAGUAGCACACCGGGCGGCGGAAGCACUCCAGGUACCCAGCAAGACAGCAGUGGGGCUGCUCGACAACGGCACCACUACCAACAACAAUACCAACCGCGGACUCCGACCACACGCGGAACCCCCACUAAAGUGCUUACCUCGAAUGCACAUGCUCCCGCAAUUCCCACUCCUACUAUGACGAAUCCGAUCUAAUAGUCAAUAUGCCAAUAUUUUCUUGGUCUUUCCUUUUCUUUUGUUCCUGAGCUAUAGAAGGUUAUAAUAACUUAAUUCACCUUAUACAUAUUUUUGGAACUAUACCUACACUGUCGCCAGAACCCCAUCCCAGACCGAUGAUGCUGUACAUAUUUUCACCUACCCUCUUGGAAUACACAAAAACUUAUUUCCAUACCCCAGCGGAAAAGCAUUUUGGUUUUUUGGCAGCCAUCAUCUGAUAUCCUCCCUUAAAGCGGCCCCUUUCCCUUUCCCUAGGUUCUAUCUCCGGUAAUAUUCCCCGCAGGAACCGUGUUUUACGACAAAAAUUUUGUGGGAUAUACGGUACAUGCAAAAAUGGAUUCACUUUGUUCCUCAAGUCCGCAUUUGGAAAAAAAAUCCCCAGCUGGGAAGGCCGGUGUACAGGCCGGCGAUGAAAAUCUUGGAAAGCGCUGCAGCAACUCCAUUACCAUAUGUGUCUUUUGUCUUACGUUUUUGUGGUCUUUCGUAUACAAACUCAUAACUUCCUCCCAAACUUGCAUUGCUCUUGAUUCCCACGCCAGGAUGUGAGAGUUCUGUUAUGUGCAAAAGGGCCAUUUAUAUUCCGUAUUUGGAUUUUUUUUUUUUUUUUAUUCACUCUCAAGGAAUAAUUCUCAUCAAAAAUUUCAUCAGGUCAUCCGAUUUUUUUUUUAUUCCCCCUCCUUUUAAGCUAUCUGAGAUCUCUUAUGCAGGUUUUAUCCUCAAUUGAUAAAACCCUAAAAAAAUGAAGUUCUGCUGGGCAGUUCUGAGACUGUCUAGGUCAUCGCUCCUGCGGAAACUAAUGGAAUCAAUGUAAGCCAACUAGAACUGGAUGGGUGGACCCGGAGAUAUUAUGAUGGGGAGCCGAACUAGUAGUGUGUAGUGCGGCUUCCUAAUGAUAUAAAUAAUCUUCGGCCGCCUUGGAAACUAGAGAUGGGAGUUGUCCAUCCCGCUACAUGUUCCAAUGAGGGACGGAGGUCAUCUGUCAGGCUUCGCCAAUACCGGUGUUCAGACUGAAUGAAGUUUAUCCCAUCACAAUUUCCCAAAAUCAAAGGGGUAUCAGGCGAAUACAGCGCUCUUAGCAAUUUGAAGUUUUAUUGCAUUCUCAUCUCACUGUAAAUUAGGGUGCUUGUGCCCCAUGUCGAACGAUCUUUGAGCCAGUCUCUUCAAUCCCCUCCUUGAUUUUACUGACAUAGGCCCAGUCCGGCUGCAAGCCAAUAUACCAUCCAUACCACCGAAGGGCAGGUUGGUAAACCGCCACCAAAAGCCACGUUCGACAGGUGAAUUCCCCUUCAACAUCGACAUGCCAAACGCAGGUCUCUAUUCCUGAAUCCGUUGGCCAUUGACACAACCGAUGCCACAAUCUCGAGCACGAGUAGCUGAUGAAGAGAUUCUGCCACUUUCUGCGGUUCCAGUGACUAAUUUCCAUUCCAGUCCUACUAGCGCUCGAUGGCAUAGGACGCCCGUGUUGUUGUUUUGGUCGACAAACAAGCCCCAGCGGUAUUUGUCCCGCAGCCCCGUGUUCGCCAGUAGGGGGGUAAAAGUCCAUUACGCUCAGCCUUUGGUUGGAGGUUUCAGAGCUCUGUCUGCAAAAUGAGGUGCUUUUUAGAUUGAUGAGCAUAAUGGAUAGGUUGCAAGGAUCGAACAAGCUUUCCGCUGGUACUAUUGGCAUUGGAACAAGGUGCAUUGCUUGCGCAGAAGGCCGUCCUCAUGUAGACUGGCGUAAACACUCGAAUGCUCGAUAAUCGAAGCAGUUUAUUAUAUAUCUUAGAACAAUUCUGCGAGAACGGUUACUCUGCAAAAAUUAUAUCUACAGCGGUUUGGAUAUCAAAAUCAGAGGUACUCCAAUUGGUUAAGGAAAAAUAGACGAGUAGUUUAAGCAGCAUGCGGAGCACGCCCAAGCUGGGCUAGUGGUCUACAUAUAAGUACCCCUAACCUAGAGGCUCUUUUAUCUCGAGACCUUUUUCAAUAUCU